AUGCCAUUGUUUCCCAUCUGCAGCGGAGCCUCCUUUGAUUCCUCAGAUAAACACGGCAGCCGAGGGGGGAAGCUUGACAAGUUCUUCAAGGUCAGAUACCUGAAAGCAUGCCUGGAGGAGGGGGUGGGGAGAAAUCAAAUCUGCCUGCCCCACUCCAGGCGUCAUCAAAAACAAGGGCCCGGAGCGCAGCACCCGCGGCCGGCUGGACCCACCGGCAGCGGUGGGGGUGCCCGGCCCCGCCGGCGGCUGUCGGCCCCUGUGGUGGGGUGGCCGGUGCUGCCGCAGCCUGGCGCACGGCCCCGCCGGCUCCGCGCCUCCGCCGUCGGGCCCGCUACCCCGGGGCUGCCCGGGGGCGCCGGCUGCCCCGCGGCCCGCAAGGCCUCGGUUACGAUCACGAUUGCAGUGCGGGCUCUCCGCGGCGGCGGAACGGGCAACAGCGACCUCUCCGGGCCCGCUGCCGUCGCCGCCGCCGCCGCCGCCUUUUGUGUUCGCAGCGGGACCGCGGGCGAUGGGCGGGAUCCCGCCGGGCCCUCCGCCAGCAGCCAGCGCCGCCGCGGCCGCGGAGCGGGGCACCCUUCGCGGAGGAAAGGAGGGCGGGGAAAAAGACAGAAAACUCAGUCGUUGCUCGUUUAUUUCUAUUUAUUUUUUAGCUGUCGUGAUUAUGUUUGCCUUAAUAAAAUAACAAUAGUAAAACCUAAGAACUUUUUCAAAACUUCAGGCUGGGUUGCAGGAACUCAGAUGAGUUUGGAUAGCGGAAUUCAGACAUACUCAGAAAAGCAGUCGUCCCCGGCCGGGACAGGAGCAGAGCUCUGCAUUGCAGUCAAAUUUGAAUGCUUGUGUUUGCCUCUCCGCACAAGUUGAGUCGCCUCAUCCUGAUUUUGGACUGCUUCCUCUCAAUUCUGAAUCAUUUUUUCUCUUCAUUGUGCCAAAACCCCUCCGUGGCUUCGUACCACGACUGUUUCCGUGAGAGAGGUCUGCAGUGGCAGGAAACCCUGGGAAAGGCGAUCCUGAACUUCCAGUUCAGGAGAGAUCGCCAACGCCCGCGAAUUCCUGCCCCGCGCCCGUGUAUGCUCAGCGCCUCCGCGGUAUGUGGCGAAUGAAGCAGAUGCCCCCCAGCCCCCGCUUAAAAACCGACGGGAUCCUUCCUGACGCAGCCGGCUGUUGGAGCUAGCGGAAUGGGAGCGCUGCUUGUUCGGUUAUGUUGGGAUGGAGGACAAGGAGUACUUUUAUUCGAACAAGAUCGCUCCGACAGUGCUUCAUUCCUAGGAAUUCUGGUUGCAUAUAGCAUUUUAAUGUCAACGUCUGUUUCUGCCCUGUUUGGGGUCUUUUGCCCCCGAAGGUGUAAGUCACCAAAACCUUAAGUAAUUCGCAAAAUAAAUUGAAGAAGAGAAAUCGCCUACGUGGUUCAUAUGAAAAAUGUACUUUGGGUGAAAAUUGAUCUAAAACGGCGAUAAGAGAGUCGAACAUCCCAGUGUAAAUAUUAGCAACGUCACCGCGUGAAAAAUAUCUAAUUAUUUGCUGUAUUUCUCCUCUUACUUUCUGUACAACCUCUCCUGCCUCUUGGAUGCUGGCAGUGAACAAAUGCGGAAUUUUACAGGGGAAAUAAAAAUUCAGUCACGUUAUUUU